UCAAGGUUACGUGCGGGUUUUAAAUGCGUGCGCUCCUUUCUAGGUCGUUUUUAUGUUGUCGAAGAAAUCCUUUAACGUGUCUCAGCGAUUGCUUGAGAAGAAAAUUUACUUGGCUCGAGAGCGCCCGGAUGAUAUAUAUGACUUGUCAUCAUGUGGAUUGACAACGGUGCCGGAUGGGACAUUCUCUCUUAUCAAAGUUUUGCUUAAGACAAAAUUAUACCUUCAACAUAAUUCGAUCCAAAAACUUGAUUCUGGCGGUAAACUAUCAUCUCUUCAAAAUAUUGUCAUCCUCGAUAUAAGUUCUAACGAAUUUAGACAACUGCCUAGUGAUAUUCAUGAACUAAAGUGCUUACAGGUUCUAAAUGUUUCAAAAAAUCUGCUAUCAAAUUUGCCCCCUACAAUAGUGUUUCUUUCUCAUCUCAUAUUUCUGAAUGUUGAGGAUAAUCGGCUUAAUGGAUUACCAUCUGACUUUGGAAAGUUAAAGAAAAUGACUAAACUGUAUUUGAAAAACAAUCCUUUAUUAUCUCUACCUAAACAGUUAUGCUAUUUAGAAAAUUUGGAAGAACUAACUCUUUCACAUAGUGAAGUUUGUUACCCACCUUCAGGUGUAUGCGCGCUGGGUCUGACAGAAAUUAUGCGAUAUUUAUCUAUAGAAGAAGGAGUUGAAUAUAACUUUAUUGCUAAGAAUCAUGACAGUAUGGACGUUCAUAACUUUCCUAUGGAUAACAAAGAUAGUAUUGAUGAACUUCCAUCAUACUCAGAAUGUGAUCGAAAGAGAAAAGAAGAGUUGUUAACUUUAGAAUUAGAACGUCAGUCAUUUGAAAGUCUUUGGGCUCAACAAGAAUUAGCUGCUAAAGCUAAGCAAAACAAACAAAUACUUGCACAGUUAGCAGAAGAAGAAUUACGGUCUUAUAAUGAACUAUCUGCUAUGCAAAGUAGACGAGAAGAAGAACGUUCAAAUUUGCUGUCCAAUGUAGUAGUUGCUGAAAUGAAUGCCACUGAACUGAUCAAAGAAAUAAUAACUAUUAAUAAAUCUGCCAGAUUCAGAGAAAGGAUGGAAGACAUGAUAAAUUCAAACCAGUUAGAUAUAAGUAUUUUUGCUGAUUCAUCUUCAUUGAAUUUAAGACGGAGUGAAGUGCUAGCAUCAAUGCAAGAAAUGCUGUCAGUUACAGACAAUGCUUUUUCAAAUCAUACAGCGAAUUUGAAUUCAACAAAACUUAAUAGUCUUUCUACUGAAAAUUCAAAUACUGAAUAUGUUGAACAAGUUUUAGCCAAUAAACGUGAUGAUCGUACAAAAUUAACCUCCAGUCUUAUACUAGAAGAAAGUGCUCAAAAAGAAGCUUUUGCUCAGUUACAAAGUCAAAAAGAUAGUCAGGCUUUAAGGUUACGAAAGGAGAUAUGUCUUAUAGAACAAGAACUCUGUCAACUUACGUUGGCUGAACGGUCACGUGCUAACCAACGUAUGGAAGUAAAUCAACGUGUUCUUGAUGACUGUAGAUCAGAAUUACUUCAAUUGUUAACUCAGUUGAUAGAUGAACAACAGCACCGACAAAAAGAACUACGUAAACGUUUAGAGGAAAUGGAACAACAAAAGAAAGAUGAUCAAUUAGACUUUUGGUUAGUGCUAUACCAACGUAUACUGGAUACUAAACCUGUUGAGUUGUUUAAUAAGCUUGAUCCUGAUGUUGAGGUCAUCCUCAAUAAUGCAAAGUGUUUAGAAUUUUUGCCUACUUUUCAACGUCAUGCUAUUACAUAUCCAGUAAUGAAAAAUAUGACGGAUAAUGACCUUAAAGAGAUUGGGAUUCAUGCCCUUGGUACACGCCGAGAGAUUCUUAAGCAAAUUGACAUGUACGGAAUAACAACAAAAGAGAAUGGAAAUAAGACUUCUGAUGCAGUGGAAUGUUUGAGUACAUCGCGAAUAACACCUUCGGCACCGGAAGUUCCUAUAAUGAACAUGUCUGUGUCUAACGAAGUUGCUCGAGUGGAAAAUGAAUGUUGUAUAUGCCAGGAUGCAAUAUGCACAACCAUAUUCCUCCCGUGUGGCCAUGUUUGUUGUUGUAAGAAGUGUUCUGAAAGUCUUCCUUUAUGUCCACUUUGUCGUUGCAACAUAAAUAAUAGAAUCCAACUGCACUUCUGAGUAGAAAUCUGCAUAUAACACUUAUUAAAAAUCAAAAGAUUAUCUCUACAAAAAAGGAAAUACUAUUCGCCAAAAAAUCAUGGAUGAUGAAGAUUUGCUUCUUCAAUGAGUAGGUGCAAGUACCUGGAGCCUAUCAUCAGAAACUUCUCUUCUCAUUUUCACCUUUCACUAACUGACUUUUCGUUAGUUUGUAAUAUACAAUUAUGCAUAAAGUCGCUAACUUGAUUAUAUUUACCAAGUAUCAAUAAAUAUACACUGACAGCGUAUA